GAAGCUGUGUCAUCAUCGAUGACCUGAACGCGAUGGCAUUGGACCCAUGCUAAGACUUUUGAUUCUCACUUUCACGUUCAUUCUUUGACCACGACCAUCCGACACUACAAGGGAAAUAACGACCACUAAAUCCGUACUCACCCAUCGCAAAAUCUGGUUGUUUGGAAUGUUCUUUCAUUCAUAGACGCCAAUAACGAAAAACUUGAUAAUACGAUCACAAUGGAGGUACAAGAACCCUUCCCUCGAGCUCAGUCUGUAAUGCAGACAAGGAGCUCAGGCUUCCAUUCGAAAGCUAACAGAAUAUUCAACAAAGUGUCGAAUUUCAAAGUCCGGCUUCUAGGCAACUCUCGUACCGUUGACAGUACCAACGACAGAGGCAAAGGACCAUACAUGUCGAUGAAUAUGCCUACUACAUUUACUCGCGAAACGAGGUCGAUGGAUUUGAAUUUACAUGUAGCUCAGAAACCGUACAUGUCACAACCAGUGCUUGAUAUUCGGAAAAGGUUUGACAAUGAAGACCACGAUGAAGGAGAUAGCACUGCGAGCUCGGCGCAAUCUAUGCACCAACCCUCGCCUUCGAGGACCGAUUUUGUGAAGCCUGAAAAUUUGCGGCAGCAGCAAGGCAAGGUAGAUGGGUUACCAAACGUGAACGAGGCGAGCCAAACGACGUCAUUUAAUUCUGGCUUGCCCAACUCGAAUUCGAGCACUGUGAGGAUUAAGCAGAGAUACCAGGCACGUUUGGAAGGUUCUACUGACUCCUCUCUGUCACAAUCCAAUCGCCAGGUGGAAAGGCAAGGCAAACAACAGCAGGAAAGAUCUUCGAUUGAAGCCCAACGGAAUGAGCAUCCCAAUUCAUCGCAACCUUUAUUGUCUUCCCAUUCACCUAUUACUUCGCCCACAUCUACUUCCAUUAUCUCUCCUCUGGACAGUUCGCAGAAUAAACUGAGCCCGAUUACAUCUCAGUCUUCCCAGAGACCUGCGACAUCACCCAAUACACCUCCAACGACGUUCAUUUCUUCAUCGUAUCCUUCUCGUCGACCAUCUGCACCUCACCUGAAUACAGCUAUUCUCACGACGUCUUCUUCUCGCCGACCGUCUGCGCCGCACUUGAAUACUCCUCUUCCGAGACAGAGAUUCAAUCUGUUGACUUCCGACAACGAAAGUGCCUCGGCACGGUUGUCACCUUCCAUAAUAAUUCGGCAACCUGCAUUACCCAUUCUCAAUUUACCCAAGUUGAACCUGUCUCAUGCCACAACAGAGGCAGAUGAUGGUAACUUGGGCCCUCUGCACUCGAGAAUCUCUGCGAGCGAAGGCACAGGUGUUGCAGGGUCGUCAGCAUUUGCUCGAAGAAUGAGUGGGAUGGCCAGUGGCAGUAAUGGUAGUCCCGUCGUCGAGAGUAGAAGAAUUUCCGUCCAUGCUCAAAGCAGAAGAAAUCUACGUGAAAUGCCAGCACUCCCUAUGGCAGGUAAAGAUCAACGAGACAACGAGGAUGAUCAUGAAGACGUCGAUGGUGAUGCAGACAGUAGUGAUGACGACGAAGACACAGACGUCGACGUAGAAGGUGAUGGCGAAGCCGAGGAUGACGAUACACGGUCCAGUACGGAGAGUCAGUUUCAUACUUUACCACUACCGCCGCCGCCACCAACAUUACCAUCGGUUCUCCCGCCCGUGAAUCUGACGAAAAUAGACUUUUCUUUUCUGAAUUUCGAUCCCAAGGGUAAACAACGAGCAAAUGACGAUUCAGGCAAAACUCCUACAGCUUCCUUACAAACCCCUCGUUUCGGCUCUCAUAACGAUUAUUUUUCGGCCCAACACUACGGGUCCUCUGGUAGUGGCGAAAAUAGCAAUCCGAAUUCUAGUAACGGCACGCCACGGAUUCACUCUCCUGUCCCAGGAAAGACGCCUUCGGCCAUUCCUGCAAGGACACCGAAAGCUUCAGAAUUCACUGUAAAUCGCACACCUCUGCCUGUGCGGCCAGGGAUCUACCAGCACGCAUCGAGGAGCAUGAUUGAUAUUCCUGGACUCGGCGUUGGGUCGGCUGAAACCAAAUUGAUUAAGGAGGACAAGCAUGCCGAGGCGAACAUCAAUGUUGCGGAUAGCUUGACGCCAGACGGGGUGUUGGACCAUGUUGGGGGUAUAAAAAGGCACGAGGCGCAACCUGAGGUUGAGCUUGGUACGGCUAAGGCUUCAAGCUCCACCACAUCGACAACCGCUAGUAUCAACGCCACGUCUGUCCACUCCUUGCUCGACGAUGUCACUUCAGAGCCAUCGAUUGCCACAACACAAACUGGACCUGUAAUGGAAAAGACACGCAAACCUCUUUCUUCCCGCAAAGAUCCUCCGUCGUAGAUCGAUGCCGACCUUUAAUGUAGGAUCGCCUCCCCCACCUUAUCCUAGCUUUGUGUUGGAUUAUCCUCAUAGUCAAACCUUUGCUGCAGCUCCGCUUCCCCCUCCGCAUCCAUUUGCUCAGCAUGUCCGUCCUUCCCCGUCACCACAUGCAGAAGAGGGUAACGAGCGUCUACCCGCGUACUCGAACGAUAUUUUCCUGCGCGCCAUCAUGCCUCGCAAAGUCGAGUUUGUCAGUCCUGGCGUUCAAGCUAAAGACAGGAAG